AUGGGUGCAGGGCAGUCUAAUGAGAAUGGUGCAUCAUCCCCAGAGGAAUUGAGCUCCAUCCUUGCCGAGCGCUUUGCCACAAAAUGCUUCACGCCAUUAGAGCUCACGCAUUUCAAAGACAACUUCUUCUCUCGGGCCUUAGAGCAAGGAGGCCUGCGGUACUGGAAUGAGAAAGUCCUCUCAGACUUCUUGGGUAUCCCGGAUGGUAUCUAUACCUCUUCGCAGAAACAACCUUUAGAUGCAGGGCCGGUGGUAUUCCGCAUGGUCUCUUAUCUGGGAGCCUUUCCAUUCCAAAACACGCUCGCACCCAGUGUGCUGACCUUUGAGGCCAUGGUUAAAGUGGUUGUUCUUUUGACUGAGCGCUAUGGGAAAGCACUGAAACGGGGACACAAAGAUCGAAUUAAAUUACUCUUUGGCAGCUUGGCUGAUGUGGGGAGAAAGACUCCUGCCGAGUCUAAUGGAAAAUCUACAACCGAGGAAUCCGAAGCUUUAGCUGGGAAUUCCCAUGCACAAGGUUUCUCCGUAGACGAACCGGCCAACGAUGAGUACGAUGAUGAUGAGGACGAUGAUCUUGCGCUUGCAGCACUGGAAUCUCUUGAUGCGAUUGAAGUAUUCAAACAUGACCACCGUGUUGACAAGACCGUUUACGAGGCACGGAUUUCCAUCGAUACGUUCCGUCGUUUGCUUAUGCUACUGCUUGUCAUUGCACCACUGAAGCCAUUGGAGUCUUUGAAGGUAUAUACGUCUGGAGUGGAAGGUCAGCGUAUGGAGUUGGUUAAGAAGGAAGCAGACAGUAUCAUUGCAGCCUUUUCUCCGGAAGAGCGUGAUGGUGGGAUAUCUUACAAGGCUUUUGCCCGAACGAUAUCGCUGUCUCUGCCAUAUCUGUUCGAUCCACUGACUGCUCUUUUCGAGCACAUGCUUUUCAGCGAAAACUUGAAUCUAUCUCAACGCCGCCAAAGGGAUCUAGCCACGGAGAGCAAACAGGAGAGCGCGGAGAACGAAGAAGCACCCUCACCACCGGCUGCACUUACACUUCCGGGAAGCUUCGAGUCGGCGAUCUUAAACCCAACACUUAACUCGCAUCUUUCAUUCUUCCUCCCCUCCACAUCACCCGACAUCAAUAUCCUCCGAAGUGACGUCAAACUACAUCCUGUCUUCUCCACAAGCGCCCACGGGUCUUCCUUAACAUAUUUCUCCCAUCACGUCCUUACCUGGCAAUCUGCCACUCUCCUCCUCCUACAAGGAUCUUUAGCAGACUCAUCUAGCGAUGAAUUAAUAACAAUAGGCGCCUACAUUCCCCAACCGUGGAAAACCUCCAUAUCAACCUCAAGCCCAUCUUCAAAAACAUCCGACCUCCUCCCCUGCCUCUUCCAACUAUCCCCAAAGCACAUGCUCCUCCCGGGUAAUCCCUCCUCAUCCGCAACAAAGCCCAACACCCCAACCGCCUAUUUCUCACCCAAUACCGGCAUCGCAAUUGGCUGCAAAAUUCCCGCCCCGUCCCGCACGCAGCAAACCUAUCCGUCCCCGCACGGAGCAGGCAGUCUCAUCAUCGAUUCCAACAUAGAAACAGCAGAGUUCCACGCUGCACCGUUUGGACACAAUGGCGUCUUCUUACCUGCUGCCAAUACGUCCCCCGAAGACCAGCCGACAAAGAUCAAGCUUGAUCUUUAUACCCUAGAAAUUUGGGGCAUGGUCCGAGAUCCGGAGGCGUCUUUCUCUGCAGACCCGAGCUUGAGUCCCGUGGAGAUACAGCGUGCGAAGUGGGAAUUUGAGGCGCGGGAGGCUGAGCGCCGUCGUAAUAUAAAUAUCAAAGCUGGGGCUGGGGAUCCAACGACCGAGAGUGCGAGGUGGCUUUUGGAGGCGGCUGGUAUUAUUGGAGAUCAGGCGCGAUAUUCUGGUGGGAGGGGCUAG